CUUUUCCAUUUAUUUAAAUUUUAAAGUCGGAAAGUGGAGACCUCCGACAGUCCGACUUCGCGCUUUGUCAGAAUUGGGAAAGGAAAAGCAUAUUUCCUCCCCCCGACAGGUCUCUGCUCCUUCACUCCGCCAGUCAGCCAUGGAAGCCUCUCUAUUGGAACGUUACCGCGACGAUCGUCGCAAGCUCCUUAGCUUCGUAUUAUCGUCAGCUUUCAUGGACGAAGUUCCACCGCAAUCUCCACCCCCUCCCACCACCAUCUCCGACGUCGAUCUCGACCGUCUCAGUGCCGAUUACGUCAUCCGCUGCGUCAAAUCCGGUGUAGUCGUUGAUGUGUCUGAAGCCACCGAUAAGUACCACAAGGAAUCAAAUUAUCCAGCGACGAUUCCUUCUCAAUUAGGGAGUUCAUAUUUUCUUGCUUCAGAUCCAGAUUUAUCUGGGUCUCCUCCUCGGCGUGUGCCUCCUCCAGUUGAUAUGAACGAGAAAACUAAUCAUCCAUCACACUCUUCUAUUGUUGAGGAUAAUGCUAUAUGCGGGGAAGAAACUGGUGUUAAAUGUGCAGCCCCAACAGUUGCACGUUCAAAAGUUGUGGAAAAUGUUGGUUUUCCUUCAUUAGGUUUACCCAUCCUUAAAACAGGAUUGUCGGAUGAUGACUUGCGGGAAACAGCCUAUGAAGUAUUUCUGGCAGCUACUGUAUCUUCUGGGAUUGAAGUACAUUCAGUUGAGGAUAGGAUGAAAGAGAGAAGUCCUAAAUUUCUGACCAGGCUGAAGAGUAAAAAGGAGAAAGUACAUUUACAAUCUCAAUAUUUGGAAAGACAUUCAGAAAUAAUUGACAUUAUACGUGUUCAAAUGCAGAUUUCAAAAGCUGUGGAUUCAUGCAUCAGGAAAAGGCUGAUGCAGUUAGCUUCAAGGAAGACAUAUGGACAAAUUGAUGUUCCUCAAAUCUCAUUGUGGCUUUUGAGUGGCAUGUCGAAGUCUAAUUUCCUUAAUGAGAAGUUAUACAUGCAGUGGAAAAUGAGACAGGUAAGUAUUCUAGAAGAGCUUCUCUAUUUUUCUAAUAUUACAAUAGAGGAACAAUGUACUAUUAAAAGUUCUCUUGAUAAUAUUAGAAAUGCAAAGGAGCGUGACACCACAACGUCACCUUCUGAACAUGCUGAGGUCUUAUUAGCUAUUAUAGCAGUUGCUUCAAAAUUUUCAUCUGUUCCUGGACAAUUUGGUAUCCCGGGCGAAACUUGUUAUUGGACUGCUGGAUAUCACUUGAAUAUCAGACUUUAUGAGAAACUGCUCUUUGGUGUGUUUGACAUUCUUGAAGAAGGCUCGUUCAUUCUGGAAGCUGAUGAAAUCCUCGCACUUUUCAAGUUGACUUGGUCUACUUUGGGCAUCACUCCGAAACUACAUAGUGCAUUAUAUGGUUGGGUGCUUUUUCAACAGUUUGUUAGGACAGAUGAAGCCGUGCUAUUAGACUAUGCAAUACUUGAGGUGCAGAAAGUUCUAUCUACUGAAAACAGUGAUGUGAAGGAAGAACAAUAUAUGAAUAGCCUCACAUGUUUUGGCAUAUACAAUGACAGCAAAAUAAAAUUAAGUUUGGUACAGGCAGUUUUCUUCUCUAUGAGCAUCUGGUGUGACAGCAAACUUAAAGAUUAUCAUCUGCAUUUUGGUCAGAAAUUUUGUAACUUCAAGGGGGUGAUGACCUUGGCAUCAGCAGCUUGGUUUCCUAUUUCUGGUGAAUAUGGUGAAAUCAAGUUCGAAAAAAUCAAUGCCUCAAAUGAGAUUGCUGCUAGAAAACUUGAAACAUAUGUUGAAAGUUCCAUUAAGGUUGCAUACAAGCGGGUGGUAGAUGCCAUAGAUCUUCAAUCUAAAAUAGAAAAGACACACCCUUUGGCUCUGCUCGCUAAUGAAUUAAGAUUGAUUACUAAGAGAGAGCUCACUAUAUUUCUCCCUGUGCUUCGUCAUUGGUGUCCAAAAGCUGGAAUUAUCUCAGCUGUGAUAUUGCACCGACUUUAUGGUGAAAGAUUGAGACCAUUCCUCAAGGGAGUAGCAUGCCUUUCUAAAGAUGCCAGAUCAGUCCUCCCUGCGGCUGAUAUGUUAGAUCAUGAUCUGACUCAGUUGUAUGCUUCAGCAUCUGAAGAAAAUCAGUUGAAUCACCCUUUUGGCCAAGAUUUCGAUCAUUACCCGAUUGGAGAGGUUUCUAGGUCAAUAAUUCUUGAUUGGGUGAUUGCUCAGCAUGAACAUAUCUUGGAAUGGACUGGACGUGCAAUUGACCUUGAGGACUGGGAGCCUUUGUCAUUUCAGCAAAAACAAGCAACAUCUGUGGUUGAAGUGUUUAGGAUGAUAGAGGAGACUGUGGAUCAAUUCUUCAGCAUCAAUCUUCCAAUGGAUAUCACACAUUUACAAGCUCUAUUAUCUGUAAUUUUCCACACCUUGGAUACCUAUCUGCUGAAAGUGGCCAACCAGUUGGUUGAGAAGAAGCAUCUAUUUCCUUCUGUUCCUUCUUUGACUCGUUAUACGGAGACAUUUAUUCCAGCAGUCAAGAAGAAGUCAGUUGAGUGUACGCUUUUGGACGAGAAAGUGAGCAAUAAGUUGAAUGAACUGACACUACCAAAACUUUGUGUUAGAUUGAAUACUGUUCAAUAUAUUCAGAAAAAAAUUGGCACUCUCGAAGAUGGUGUUAGGAAUUCUUGGGCGCUCAUUAAACCAUCUGUUAACCAAAUAUGGUCUAGUGAAAAGCAUCCAGAAACUCUGGGGAUAGCUUCAUCAAUGUCAAGUGAAUGUGUUGAUGAACUAUUUAUCACAACAUUUAACAGUAUCAGGGAUUUCACAGCUGAUAUUAUUUGCAAACUUUGUGACUUUACUGGGGCUAGAGUUGUGUUUUGGGAUCUGAGGGACUCAUUUCUUUGUCAUUUAUACCGUGGAAAUGUUGAAAGUGCUCGCUUGGACAGCAUUCUUUCGCAUGUUGAUACUGUCCUUGAUCAUGUAUGUGGUUUAAUUGUUGAUACACUCAGAGAUCUUGUGGUUUUGAGCAUUUUCCGGGCAUCAUUGGUAGGUUAUGUUUGGGUUUUGCUUGAUGGAGGCCCUACUCGUGCAUUUUCUGCAUCUGACAUUGUAAUGAUAGAAGAUGACCUAAAUAUUUUGAAGGAGUUUUUUAUAGCCAAUGGAGAUGGCCUUCCCCGUUCAUUAGUCGAGCAAGAAGCAAAAUUUGCUCAACAAAUCCUAGGACUAUUUUCCCUUCAGACUGAAACUAUCAUCCAAAUGUUGAUGAGCGCAAGCAAGCAUAUUUCCACAGAACUAGAUUCACACACGCAUGACCAUCGGAGCUUAGAGAGUGCCCACACCUUAAUACGAGUGUUAUGCCACAAGAAAGAUCGGGAAGCCUCCAAGUUCUUAAAAAGCCAAUAUCGACUCCCCAUGUCCUCAGAGUACGAAGACACUCCAUCAAAGGAGUUGAAUUUUAGAUCACCUGUCAUAUCUGAUAUUCUAAAGAGAACAACGUCAUUCCACUUGACGGCAAAUGGACAAAGCAGUUUCAGAUCAAUAAAGAAGAAAUUUCAAGAAGCAACAUCAGAAAUCAGGCAUGCUGCAUGGUAAAACGACGCUGUGAAAGGGUGGUUAGUGAAGGUGCAGGGCAAUAGAGCACCCAUCUAUUCUUGUUCAGCCAGUCCGAUUCCCAUGUAUAAGCAAAGAAAGGAAAGUGAAGAAAAUUCUGCCAUGUUUAGUUUGCAGAAUAGAAGAAUAGAAUGAGGUAGAAAAGGAAUGAAAUAGAAAUUUGAAUGGAGAGCAUGACUAAAUCAAAGUAUAAAUUUGAUUCCUUUUGUUUCCAUUUUAUUCUUAUAUAUCAAACAUGCUAUAAAUGCGAAGAUUCAUCCCUCAACUUCAUUGAAUGCUAUAGUGAAUUUGUUGUUUUUUGUCCCACAUUAGUAGAAAAGUUGUUUUGAAUU